AACGAUAUUCGCUUGGUUUCUGGAUGAGAUCGAGACUUGUAUAUUUACAGGCACACAAACACAACCUCAAAACCAGAACAUUGAAGCAUGAACGUCGAGAGUCCUCAGAGGAAGAAAUUCAAGAAAAUGAGCACUAUGAUCAGAACAGAGAUCAUAUCUAGAAGAUGUAUCAAGCCAACCUCGCCGACACCCUCACACCUCAAAUCCUUCAAGAUCUCUCUUCUAGACCAGAUCUCUCCUAACAUCCAUGGUAAUAUGACCCUCUUCUACUCUCCCAACGCCGCCGCUGACAGCGGCGCCGGAGAUCUCCUCUCUCACUUUUCGGCCAAAUCCCAACUUCUCCAAAACGCCCUCGCCGAAACGCUCACCCGCUUCUACCCUCUCGCCGGCCGCAUCCGUGACACGGCCACCGUUGACUGCAACGAUGACGGUGCCGUCUACAUCGAAGCUCGAACGGACACUCGUCUUUCUGACUUCCUCAGCCACCCAGACUUCGACAUUCUCGAACACUUCCUACCUUCCACCGACAAGGAAACCAUGGAAUUGUCAAACGGUUCCAUGCUCCUCGUACGGUUCACAUUGUUCGGUUGCGGUGGGACUGCCGUGAGCAUAUCCCUCACCCACAAGAUCGCCGAUAUAGCAGCCUUGAUCACAGUCCUUCAGAGCUGGACCGCUGCGUGUCGUGCACGUACUGAACCGGACGUUCCUGACUUGGGCCUCGGCGCUUCUCUCUUUCCUCCGCGAACCAUCCUGGGGAUGUCCGCAUCUGUAAAUAUCGCCGCCGAGAAGUUCACAGCAAGACGGUUCGUUUUCACCGGCUUCAAAGUCGGAGAGCUCAAGAGCAGAGUGGCAACUUCACUCGGAAGAGACAAAUCCGACGAUGAGGACAUUGAUCAGUUCCACCCGUCGCGAGUGGAAGUCGUGCUAGCUCUGAUAUGGAGAUGCGCGAUGUCGGCUUCCCGUUCCAAAACGGGGUCGUUUAAGCCGUCGGCUCUGUUCCAAGCCGUGAACCUUCGUCCCCGUAUGGAGCCACCGGUGCCGGGGACGGCCAUCGGGAACUUCGUGUGGCCGUUUGCGGUGACGGUGGAGGAAGAGAAGGAGUUGGACUUACAUGCUCUGGUAAAGAAGAUGAGGGAAGGGAUAAAGGACUUCAUAGAGAAGAAGGCAAUCAAGUUCAAAGAAGGAGGUGGGUUUGAAGCAGUAAUGGAGUUUCUGAAGGAGAGGGGAGAGAUGUUGAAGAAGAAGAAGGAGACAGUGGUUUACAAGUGUUCGAGUUGGUGUAGGUUUCCAUUGUACGACGUGGACUAUGGCUGGGGGAAUCCAGUGUGGAUGUCAAGCGUGAAUAAGAUGGUGAGUAACACAGUGGCUUUAAUGGAUGUGAAGGAUGGUGGAGUUGAAGCUCUGGUGACUUUGAACGAACAGGAAAUGGAUAUCUUCGAACAACAUCAUGAGUUGCUUCAAUAUGCUCAGCUCAAUCCUAGUAUUGAUAUUUGAUCUCUGGUUCUGUGUUUGACAUUUUCAAAUCUCAUGCAUAUGAUUCCUCUAUCCAUUGGUAUGUUUUUUCCUGAAUAAUCAAGUACUAUUUGAGCGUUCAAGUACUUACCCUUGAAGAUAUAAUAUGAAAACAAUGAGUAUAUAUAGUUUUUUUAUUGAAA